AUGGGACCGCGAAAGCGCAACCACUCCGAGGUGAUCGAUGCCCCCGAGGCUCCGAUCACCGAGGAACCUGGACUGCUCCAGCGCAUUCGAAGCACCUGGGAAUUUGCAAAUAUCAUGCAGUACAUUCACAUCUUUGGAAAGAUUAUGAAGAUCGACGAGGACUUUGGAAUCGAGGACCUGGAAGACGAAUGCCUCAAGCCUGAACCCUCAUACAAGUUGCUUGAGAUUGGACUGUGCCUCCUGAAGUGGAUCUCUUCGCAUCGAGGAUUGACGUCCGAGAACUUUGACGAAUACACCCGACGCCAGUACAAUGCGAAAGCACCUCAUAUCACCAACCCGUUCGGCUACGAGGAGACUCCUCUCCGGUUCCUCGAUUUCGAUGUCUUCACGAAACUCACCGUCCUCCACCAGCUGUCUGUGUGGACGUUCUGGAACCCGGAUCGACUCCGCGAGAAGAUGCCUGAGAAGAAGGACUCGGAGCAGCUGGAGUGGCGUAUCGAAGAGUUCGGAUACGACCACGAUGGUCGAUCGUACUACGUCCUUGACGACAACCGUCUCUACCGCCGUACCGACCCUCCCAUCCCCGCACCUCCACGACCCAAGAAGAAAGCAAAGAGCAGGACCUCUCGAGGUUCUCGGGCGUCGAGACGAGUCUCCGCUAUUGUCGCGGAAGAAGUGUCUGAUGAAGAGAACAAGGCCGAGGAUGAAACCAAUGCCUUUCCCAACUUCAAGUGGGAGUGUGUCGCUGUGACCCUCCCAGAGUACAACGAGUUCCUGGACACCAUUCGCAAGAGCAAGGAUGCGGAUGACAAAUACCUACGCAGUCAGAUUGAAGAGCAUAUCCUGCCUCUGCUGGAGAAGGCCGAAGAAGCGCAGCAGCGCAAGCGGAUCAAGCGGGAGAAGGAGCUUGUCCAGAUGCAGAUGCUUGCUGGUGCUAAGCGAUCUAGUCGACUGGCUGCCAAGGAAGAAAAGGAGCGGGCUGAUCGCGAAGCCGCCGAGGCCGCUCGCAAACGGGAGGCUGAUCUGGCUGAAGCUCGCAAGGAGCAGGCUCGCCAAAAGCAGAUGGAGAAUGAGCGCAUUUCCCGUAUGAUGACCCGCGAGCAGCGCAUCAAGGAUCGUGAGCACAAGCGCAUUCUGCACGAAGCCGAGGUUGAGCGCCUUGCGGCUGAUCAGGAGAAGUUGGAGCGAGGCGAGGGCAGGGUCUCUGCGCGCCACCUGAAGGCCGAGAUGGAGAAAUCGCAGAAGAACUUGGCAGAGCUUGCCGAAGAGGACCAAUGGAUCUUCGACUGCUCUGGUUGUGGCGUACAUGGCGAGAACCUGGAUGAUGGAAGUCACAGCGUUGCAUGUGAGAAGUGCAAUGUGUGGCAGCAUAGCAGCUGCCUGGGCAUCAAGAAAGAAGAUGCCGAGAAGGACGACUUCCACUUCGUUUGCACAGACUGCAAGCGAAAGGAGGAAGAAGCAAAUCGUCCUAAACUCCCGCCGCUGAAGUUCCGAGUCAGCGCGACACCAUCACCCUCUGCGGCCAGGGUAAAGCCCAAGGUUGAAGAGCAUGGGCGUGUUCCACCCUCUCCUGUGAAGCACACACACGACGCUCUGUCCAACGUGCAGAAUGGGCCUUCCCGGCAGCAAGGUUCUCAGCCUACGCUUCCUUCACUUACUGCUCAAACUCGGCAGAUCGCUCAAGGACAGCACCAAUUCUACGUCCCGCUUUCGCCUCAGCGUCUUCCCCGCCCGGCCAAUAAUCCUUCUCUUCCUUCCUCAAGUCCUCCUCGCCCGCCAUUCUCGCCUUCAAAGGGUUCAAAUGGCCCUUUGCACCCCCUCGCCAAUCAACAACCCCGAUUUGGACCCGGGCCUGGCCAGCAUAUCCUGCCUCCAAUGCAGCCAGGACCCCACCUCCCUCCUAUCGGAUCCUUCUCGUCCGCACGACCUUCCUCCUCUCAUUCUGGGUAUGGUCCAACCCAGAAUCAUCCAUCUAUGUCACCUACUCAGGGCAACCACGACGUAGGACCUCUGGCAGGAGUUCCGUCCGGGGUUCCAACGAAUGGAUCCAGUGCGUGGUCUUCAUUCGAUAGCUACGCUACGCCGCGACCACAAUCUGGCCACGGAGGUACUCCUGCUAUAUCCAGCACCUACCCAUCCUUCUCUUCUGCUGCGACCCCCAAUGGCAACCAUUCCUCGCCUCCACAUAGCUCUCACGGAAUCGGCAUGUCUGGAAUUAGCCCUACGAAGCAGUCUCCGCGACCCUUCACCGCAGGCGGCAUGGCAGGGGCCCCGGUCCUUCCUCCCAUUCGCAGACUGGAGCCCAGCCCUAAGCUCAUGGGCCGAAGCUCCCCCGACGCCCCGAUUCCUGCACCUAUGAAGUGCAUGACUCCGGAGCAAGAAGAGCGUCGGCAGCGGGAAAAUGCGUCUCUGCUACACAAUGGUCAGUCCUUUUCCGCCAAUGGUCAGGCUCAUAUCAUGUCAUCUCCAUCGAUGAGCCGCAUUCCUCCACUAGGCCCAGCUGCUCAUGCCCAGCACCCUGAGCCAAUCCCAUCACCUCAGAAUGGUGGACACGCGCCCCGACAAUAG